AUGGCGACCGAAGGCACCGUGCCACCUCAGUCCGAUGCGCCCAUUCCGGACCCGGCUGCCGGGCAAGACCCCGCGGCGUCUCGCGAGCAGGACAUCAACCCUUGGUCCGUUGAGGGCGCCCAGGACGAGUCCGGCCAGGUAGUUGCGAUUGACUACCUCAACCUCUCCAGGAAAUGGAACACCUCCCUUAUCGACGAGAAGAUCCUGGAGCGCUUCGAGCGUCUAACAGGCCACAAGCCGCACCGCUGGCUCCGACGAGGCCUGUUUUUCAGCCACCGCGACUUCGACAAGAUCCUCGACAAGUAUGAAAAGGGCGAGCCUUUCUUCCUCUACACGGGCCGAGGGCCCAGCUCCGGCAGCUUGCACUUGGGGCACACCAUUCCCCUCCAAUUUACCCGCUGGCUUCAGGAAGUCUUUGACGUGCCUCUUGUAUUCAUGUUGACGGACGACGAAAAGGCCCUUUUCAAGGAUACCCUCACCUUUGAGGACACUCACAAGUACGGAUUGGAGAAUGCCAAGGAUCUCAUUGCUCUAGGAUUCGACGUCAAGAAGACAUUCAUCUUCAGCGAUCUCGAGUACGUCAAUGGUCACUUCCUCAUGAAUGCCUGGGAGUUCUCCAAGCUUGUCACGUACAACCAGGUCCGCGGCGCGUUCGGCUUCAACGAGAGCACCAACAUCGGCAAGAUCUUCUUCCCCUCGGUCCAGUGCGUCGCGGCCUUUGCCACCUCCUACCCUCAACUGUGGUCGGAGGAACCCCCAAGGAGCGCACCAAGGAGAUUGCCGCCAUCCAGUGCCUGA